AUGCCCUUAAUCAAUUCGGCGAGUUCGCAUAAACUCCAGAUGAAAAUUGAACCAGCUUCCUUUGUCGUCGAUAGUUAUCUCAAGAGCUCCGUCGCUACGGCCACCGCGUCCGCGCCGUCCACCACGGCGUCCACCACCACCACCACGGGGGUACCAGUCGGGAAAGCCGAUAACCUCAAAGCAGCUGGCCGCAAGAUGUCCGUUUUUGCCACAUUGAGAGCACAGACGCUGUCGACCUCCUCCACCUCCCGAAGAGCUGCCGGACUGAUCAGGAACCCUAGGUCCCUAGCCCCAAAUUUCGUUCCCAAAUCUCGCCGCCUGCUGCCAUCCCUUCCGAUCUCCUCACCGCCCCUCCUCCGCUUCCUCGUCUUUCACGGACAUCGGGACAUGGCUUCCUCCACUGUUUCCUCCUGGGUUCCACCUUCACUUCCCGAGCCCGCCGCCGCCUCAGGCUUGAUCCUCCUCGACAGGUUGUGCUACAUCGCCGACCUCCCAAACAACACCACCGCCAAGAGCACCACGAGCACCGGCUUGCCGAUCGAGGUGACCUUCCGCGCCGCCCGCCCGCCCGCCACUUGGCCCAAGAUCGUCGCCACUGACGCGGAUCUCGUCCUCCUCCGCGUUCCCCUCGACCCCAACGGCAGAAGCAUCUCAGGUUGGAACUGGGACCACUUCGUCUACAGGCCGCGCGCCCAGUGGCUAGAUCUGGUACCGAACCCCCCGCACCUCGGGGCGCUCGACGCCGCCGCAACCGCCCUCAUUAGCCGCGAGGACGGCGCUUGGUUUGCCGUCGCUGCUCUCGCUUUUAGGCCCCCCCUAUCAUCCUCAGGUUCCGAAGGGUGGAUCUCCAAGCGGCUGUCACUGAAAGAGUUCAAGAGGGACAAACUUAUCCCUUUACCUCGGGCAGUCGACAGGCUGUACCACGAGACGGCGAAGUGCAUCACCAUUGGCGGUGCGCAUGGCACGGUGGCUUGGGUGGACCUUUGGCGCGGCAUCUUCUUUUGCGACGUGCUCAGACAAUGCCCACAGCUCCAGGAUGUCCCGCUGCCGGAGCCGGCAAGGGCAAACUGGGAUCGCCUCCUCAGAGGUAACCCCGGCUAUUUGCGGGACGUAACUGUCAGCCGGAACAAAGACUCGAUCAAGUAUGUUGAGUUGGAAUGGUUGGAAGUCCUGUCACCAGAAGAGCUGAAUGCCACCCCUGUUUCCUAUGCUGACUGGGUGCGCAAUAGCUCAAGGAAACCCCAGCUCAAGCGUGAUGGCUGGAAGUCCACAACAUGGAACAUGGCAAUACCGGUUGGUUCGUCGGAGGGCUGGCGCUGUGACUGUGUAGUUGACGUGAAAGACAUCAACUUGGAGGCUGGUGACCCAUGUCUUUCUGAUCUCAUGGCUAUGCUGAGCAGCAAGACCACAGGAACGUGGAAGGAACUUCCGUUGGGAUAUCCCAUCCUAAGCAUGGAUGAUGAUGUCGUUUACUUGAUUUCUCAAACCAGACCCAGGAACAUGGACAAGUUGGCAAUGAUGUUUGCUGUCGAUGUGAGGAAGGCAACACUGCGAGGAUUGGCUGAGCUUGAUGUCCAGAAGACUACCAUGAACUUCUGUGCAAGUGAGAUCUGCAGGGGUCUAGAGCUUAGCAGGUUAGUGCAUUUAAUUCAGGAGCUAUGGCUUGAUGACUGUGUGAUUCGGUGGAGGGUUAUUGAUAAGCGUUGCCGGUGUUGUAUAUCAGUUGAUUAA